AUGAUCAUCAUGCUUCCAGAUGAAAACGUUGAUUUGGAAACGGUGGAAAAAGAACUUACUUAUGAGAAAUUCAUAGAAUGGACGAGGCCAGACAUGUUGGACAAACAAGAGGUGGAAGUGUUCCUCCCUAGAUUUAAACUGGAGGAGAACUAUGACAUGAAGGAUGUUCUUCGCUCUCUCGGCAUGACCGACGCCUUUGAUCUGGGCAGGGCAGACUUUUCCGGAAUGUCGUCUGGGAAAGACCUGUUUCUGUCCGAGGUAGUGCACAAGUCCUUUGUGGAGGUCAACGAGGAAGGCACAGAGGCUGCAGCUGCCACUGCCGCCAUCAUGAUGCGCCGAUGUGCAUCGUUUGCCUCCAGGUUCUGUGCUGACCACCCCUUCCUUUUCUUUAUCCAGCACAGCAAAACCAACAGUAUUCUGUUCUGUGGCCGAUUCUCUUCCCCAUAGGGAAAUGGUCAACACAGCAUGUAGCUCUUCUUCUGUCUCCUA